GUCUAGCUCGUCUCCCUCCUCGCUCGAGCGCCUCCACAGCGCAGGUUGAUCUCCCCUUCGAUUCUCUCGCUCCCGACCGUUUCUCCUCCCAUCACCACACGAAUGGAUUCCGCCCUUCCCGUUUCAUAAUCUUCCCCAAUUCGUAACUGAGGCAAAAAUCAAGGUAGGGCGGCCGCCCUACCUUGCCCUACUGGGUCCUCCGCCCGUGGUUUCUAGGGUUUUUGGGCGUGCUCGGCCAGGUCAUGAGCUCGUCGUUUUGACCAGGGGGGCGGCGAGAGACUUAGGAGAGCGAAGAUGCUGACGGAGAAGCCGAGCUGGAUUCGCCAUGAGGGCCUGCAGAUCUUCUCCAUCGACAUCCAGCCCGGCGGCCUCCGAUUCGCCACAGGCGGUGGCGACCAGAAGGUUCGCAUAUGGAACAUGAAAUCAGUGAGUAAAGACAAUGAAAAUGAUGAUUCCAAUCAAAGAUUGCUGGCUACAAUACGAGACCAUUUUGGAUCAGUAAACUGUGUGAGAUGGGCCAAGAAUGGUCGCUAUCUUGCUUCAGGAUCAGAUGAUCAAGCUAUCCUGAUUCAUGAAAAGAAAGCUGGUUCAGGAACAUCCGAAUUUGGAAGUGGAGAGCCUGCGGAUAUAGAGAAUUGGAAGGUCGUUAUGACCUUAAGAGGGCAUACUGCGGAUGUGGUAGAUCUUAAUUGGUCCCCUGAUGACUCAACGUUGGCAAGCGGCAGCUUGGAUAAUACUGUUCACAUCUGGAGCAUGGCCAACGGUAUUUGCACUGCCGUCUUGAGAGGGCAUUCCAGCUUAGUUAAGGGGGUUACUUGGGAUCCUAUUGGAUCUUUCAUUGCAAGCCAGUCAGAUGACAAGACUGUUAUUAUAUGGCGCACAAGCGACUGGAGUCUUGCUCACAAGACCGAGGGCCAUUGGUCAAAAUCUCUUGGUUCGACAUUUUUUAGGCGGCUUGCUUGGUCGCCCUGUGGCCACUUCAUAACCACAACUCAUGGUUUCCAGAAACCUAGGCACUCAGCCCCUGUGCUUGAACGAGGCGAGUGGUCUGCAACGUUUGACUUUUUGGGACAUAAUGCGCCAGUUGUGGUGGUGAAGUUUAAUCACUCAAUGUUCCGUAAGAAUUUAGCUACUGGUCAAGACGCGAAAGUUGCACCAGCUGGAUGGGCCAAUGGAGCAUCAAAGGCAUCAACAAAAGAACAUCAACCAUAUAACGUUAUUGCUAUUGGAAGUCAAGACCGAACUAUUACUGUUUGGACUACAGCAAGUGCCCGACCAUUGUUUGUUGCAAAGCAUUUCUUCACUCAAAGUGUGGUUGAUUUAUCUUGGAGCCCUGAUGGUUAUUCCCUUUUCGCCUGCUCUCUGGAUGGUUCGGUUGCCAACUUCCAUUUUGAAGCAAAGGAGCUCGGGUACAGGCUAAGCGAUUCCAAACUGGAUGAAUUGAAGAGGAGUAGAUACGGUGAUGUUAGAGGGAGGCAAUCAAAUCUAGCUGAAAGCCCUGCGCAGUUGCUGCUAGAAGAAGCAUCAGUGAAACAAUUGGCUGGCAAGAAGGCUACACCCGGUGUCCAGCAAUUUCAAGUCCCCCCCAAAGUUUCUGCAGAUGUACCUAAACCACCUCCUAGUGUGCAAAAUCAGAAAGCUCCUGAAACUCUAGCUGAAGACGAGAAGAAAACAGCAGGUCAAGCGGCUGAUGACACUAAUAAAGUUCCCCGUGUAUCUAGUCCGGUGAAACAAAGGGAAUAUCGACGUCCUGAUGGUCGGAAAAGAAUAAUACCAGAGGCAGUUGGAUUUCCUUCUAACCAGGAGAACAUAUCAAAUCGUUCUCAGAAUCAAGUUGUUGAUUUCUCAUCCCUAGAUCAGCGAAUGCGCCCCGGAGAGAAUGGAAUAAGAUCAUCCUAUGGUACUACAGGUAACUGUAAUAACUGUGGAGUUAGGGAACGCUCUGGCGUCACAGCAAGGGCUAACAUUAGUGAGAGUCUUGUUAUUCAAAAAGCUUCAGCUAAUACUGGCAAUGAUGGAAGGUUGAGUGUUGAACAUGCUGGAUCUGGAGUUCCAGGCUCUCUAUCAUCCUGCUCUGAGCUUUCUAUCAAUGUAUCCAAUAAUAAGGACCAUGAAGAUUCUUUGUCAGUUUGCCUUGAAGCAAAGCCGGUAGAACGUUCUGCAGGUGACGUGGUUGGGGUUGGUGGUGCCUUUUCUACAAAAGAAACUGAGAUUAGAUGUACAAGAGGAACAGAAACUCUUUGGUCAGAUCGCAUUUCUGGAAAGGUUACUGUCUUAGCCGGUAAUGCAAACUUCUGGGCAGUUGGCUCUGAAGAUGGUUGCCUGCAGGUUUACACAAAAUGUGGAAUGCGAGCAAUGCCAGCGAUGAUGAUGGGCUCUGCAGCCGUUUUUAUAGAUUGUGAUAACUGCUGGAAAUUGCUUCUGGUAACAAGGAGAGGUUUAAUGUACAUCUGGGACCUCUAUAACAGGACUUGCAUUUUGCAAGAUUCUUUGGCUUCUUUGGUUGCCUCUCCAGAUGAGGCAUCAGCAAAAGAUGCUGGCACAGUAAAGGUUAUAUCUGCCAAGUUCUCAAAAUGUGGCUCGCCCUUGGUUACCCUUGUCAACCGUCAUUCUUUUCUCUAUGACAUGAACAUGAAGUGCUGGCUAAGGAUAGCCGAUGAUUGUUUUCCAGCAUCAAAUUUUUCUAGCUCACUUAACUUGGGUUCUACUCAAGGUGGAGAGCUAGGAAAGUUGCAGAUCGAUUUAGGAAAAUUCAUGGCUAGAAAGCCUAUUUGGAGCAGGGUUACAGAUGACGGGGUGCAGACACGUGCCCAUCUCGAGACCCAGCUAGCAGCUUCAUUGGCUUUGAAGUCUCCACAAGAAUAUCGUCAAUGCCUCCUAGCAUACAUAAGGUUUUUGGCAAGAGAAGCAGAUGAAUCUCGCCUACGUGAAGUUUGUGAGACCUUUCUUGGUCCUCCCAUGGGCAUGGUUGAUGCUACAUCUACCGAGGCGAAGAACUCAUCGUGGGAUCCCGAUGUUCUUGGAAUGAAGAAACAUAAACUUCUCAGAGAAGAUAUACUUCCUUCGAUAGCAACCAAUCGCAAAGUUCAGCGGCUGCUCAACGAGUUUAUGGACCUGCUGUCGGAGUACGAAGGUGCUGAGGCAAAAAUUGAUAAAAUGGACGUGACACCUCCAGCAAUAGAAGCCAAGGACACGGGCGUAGCAAACCAAUCCUAGUAUGUCUGCCAUUGCCCAGCCUGGUUGCUGGAGAUUUAUUACUGACCCCUCCGUAAGCAUAGGAAAAUUGCAUACAACAUAUCUGUUUUGAGAACUUGCCAUGGUGGUUUGAUUCUGCAUGUAGUUGGUAGCCUUCCUGUUCAUCAAGGUGACCUGGGCGAAGCACUAUUAUUAACCAGUCUUUAGCUGCGACGCGCCUGUGUAACGGUAGAAAGAAAGCGAGGUCACUUGAUGAUUGUGUGACCGUAUAUCUGUCGGAAGGUCAGAUGAACUGAUGUUUCUUUUUUGGGUCCAUAGGCAAGAUCUUGAUUUUUACUGUACUUUUUA